GUACUAGUGGGGUGGAAUUCCCUCAUGCAGGAGUUUGCACUGGAUGCCUUUACAAAGCUGGAUACUCUGGGAGCAGCGUGGGCUGAUGGAAUAGGAACUAGCCUGAGCGAUCUUUACGAGCUGAGAUCCUGCACAUCGCAGAAGGGUUUGUUUCUCCGCGCAAAAGCUGGGACCCUGUAGAAACCUGCUUUAAAAAACAAGUGACCAAAAUACUCAAAUGCACCAGACUUCUUCAUGAACUCGCCAUGAAUAUAUUUUUCAUUUUUUUUGGCAGAAACGUGCGUGUAACUUUCUCUGGAGGAACCGAGGAUUUUUGUAGUUGGUCUUCUAGUAUUUUAAAUCUGAGAACCCAGUAGAGUCUUUUCUGCAGUGAUGAGGGAGUGACAAGUUGGAGUUUCUGUCAGUGCACCUGGAAACUGUGAGCAGCUAAAGCCUGCUGCCAAGCCCCCAAUGGGACCAAGGCCAAGCUCCUGCGCUCCUCACAGGGAUGAAGGUAGAGCCAUGUUACCUGCUACCUAAGCUCGCUGGUGCUGAUGUGGUUUGUGGAUAUGGUCCCAGACCAGGCUCCGUGCACAGACUCUCAGCUCUGAUCCCACCUGAGACGUUUUAGCAGCAGCAGAGACCCCAGCUGUGGAGUGGGCUCCCCCGACCACCCCGUGACGGAGGGCCUGCAGCGCUGGAGAGUUACUAUGCAGCUUGGACUGCUUGUGGUGGUGGUUUUUCUAAGCUCGAUGGAUCUAACAGGCAGCAGCAAAGUGGUGAAGGGCAAGAGGCAAAGACGAAUCAGCACCGAGCUGAGUCAGGGCUGUGCCAGAGGCUGCGACCUGUGCUCUGAGUUCAAUGGGUGCCUGAGGUGUUCCCCCAAACUCUUCAUCCUUCUGGAGAGGAACGAUAUCCGACAAAUUGGGAUCUGCCUGCCUUCUUGUCCACUGGGAUACUUUGGCCUUCGCAAUACAGACAUGAACAAGUGCAUCAAAUGCAAAAUUGAGAACUGUGAGUCCUGUUUCAGUCGAAACUUUUGCACAAAAUGUAAGGAAGGUUUGUAUUUGCACAAAGGGAGAUGUUACGUCACGUGCCCCGAAGGCUACGCUGCUGCCAACGGCACCAUGGAGUGCAGCAGUCCUGCACAAUGUGAAAUGAGUGAGUGGGGGCCCUGGGGGCCCUGCUCCAAGAAGAGGAAGCUCUGUGGCUUCAAGAAGGGCAAUGAAGACCGAAGCCGGCGGAUUCUGCAGGCUCCCUCUGGAGACGUGUCCCUGUGCCCACCCACCACAGAGGUGCGCAGAUGCACUGUGCAGAAGAGCCAGUGCCCUGAAGGGAAAAGGAAGAAAAAGGAAGAGCAAGGAAAGCAAGAUAAUGGAAAUAGAAAUCGAAAAGACACCAAAGACACUAAGUCUGGCACGAAGAAGAGGAAGAGCAAACAGAGAGGGGCCGCGGUGCCCAUGACGCCCGCCAGCCCUGCCCAGUAGCUGGCCCUGCGCGUCACCCGAUGGCAAGACUCCAUUGCUGCUAUGUAUAUGAAAGCUUUAUUGGACAGAGCACUGCUCCACACACCUACACGUGUCCAGACAGACAUAUACUCCAGACUGAUCCAGAGACCAACAGAGGCCUUGCACACAAUACUUCAGGAGGCUGCACACACCCCGGGCCCGGGAAGGACAGAAGGACACUGCCAAGGAGAGGAAGCUGCCGAGGAGAGGAAGCGCACACAGAGAGGGGAAGCCCAAGGGUCCAGGGCUCUGCGGGGACACUGCGGGGAGGAGAGGUGGAGCAUGAGCCAGCAAAGGACACAGAUGAGAGAUUUCAUGACCAAAGGCCUCAACUGGAGCCUGAGUGCGUGGCCCCACACGGCCCCAGUGCAGCCCCACAGAGCCAGGGGAUGAGACUGGACUUGCACGGCUGCUCACCCCAACCCGGGACCCAGACACACAUGGCAGUGGCCUCUUUCUCUUUCCCAUACCCUUUAUUUUGUGUUUUAAGCUGUAUGACUUUAUCGUUGCAAAUACAUGUUAAAAGUUUGUGGUAAGAAGUCAGUGGUAUCUGCCCUGAAUCUGCUUCAAAGAAUUAUUUCAAAUUAAAAAAAAAAAAAAAAAAAAAAACCAACCAAAAAAAAAACCCAAAAAACAAAAUGACAACCAGCUUCCUGAGUGUGUGGUUCAUACCUUGGCCCCUAUGGAGGCUGGUGUCCCACAGGACAGAGACUCACUUGUGGAAGGGAAACUCACCAAAGCUUUAAGAAAAUCCCAGAGAAUGCUGCCAGCUGCACUGCAGCCACAAACCAGCUGCCCUGCACACAGGACCCCGGCUGUGCCCCGCCGAGCCCCGAGGAAUUCCCUUCUGAAGGAUCCAGUUAACACACAGCAAAUUGAGAAAAUGAGAGGUUACAACGAACCACAGGUUGCCAAAACAUUGUGACUCCGCUUGGACAGUCACAGCUGUGGGACUAUGGUGGGCUGGGGACACACUGGUCCAGCUACUGGACACCACCCCAGCACGUGGCAGGAGGGAGGCAGGCAGGAGGGGAAGGCACAGCUCAGGUUCUGCAGAAGAGAAAUAAAUUUUUAAGUUGGGUAGAAACUACUUGUCUGCAUGCCACCAUCUGGAAUUCCCUGGAAUUCUCCUGCUCUGCAUGAGCCGACAUCUGGACAGAGGAAUCAGGACAAGGAUUGUGCAGAACAGACCUAGCAAGGCCCAUGCAGGGUGCGUGGGAAUGCUGUCAGCUCUGCACGGGGAGUUCUACCUUUGGUGGUGUCACAAAGUGCCACAUCACUCACUGCCCUCGCAUUUUAAAAUGUGCUUCCUCUGUAGAAUUGUGUGGAGACACAUUUAAUUCCUCCAGAGAUCACCAAAAGCCCUCUGGUCCUGAGGGAUGGAGCUGGGGAGAUGCUUGGCUCCCAGAGAUGUGCCCCGGGUGGAUCAGGGACAUGCUGCUGGAGCUCCAGCUCCCCUGGGAGGGUGAUGGGCAGGGGAAAGCUCACCCCAAACUAAACCUGGCGAGUCCAAUCACCACUGCGCUCACGUUGUACGUCCCUCUGCUCUGUGGUUUUGGAGGGCAGAGCGAGCCAGCGGGUGUGAGGGGACACCUGUGGGAGAGCCCCCAUCUCUCUAAGGGGUCACCUGCCCACACCUGCAGCCCUGGGUCUCUCCUGCAGCUCACGGCGCCCGCUGAGGACUCGGCUCUGGCACAGGACACCCCGACUCCCCUCCCCGCCGCCCCGGGGCUGGCUCGGCUCGCUGCAGGACGUGGGGGCUGCACAGUUGUUUCAGCUCCGGAGCUGUACCAAGCCCUCCGUGACUGCUCUGCUGGCAGAAAACCUUUCAGCCCAUCAUCCACUUUGUGUUUAAGUAAACAAGAAGCUGUUACAUCUUUGAAAGGGGAUUCCAUUUCAGCACAAUGAUAAACGACCAGCAUACCAAGCAGGGAGAGAAAGAGGUUCUUAAAAGUCAUGCUUUGAGUUGUUUAUGGAUCAUGUUCAGACGAUUCCUGAAAGCCUCCUAGCUGAAAGAUCCGAUCUCAUUCUAUUUUCUAGCCUGUGAGAGAAGUAUUUUGUUUGUGCCACAGUGUUGCAUGUGAGGAGAACCAUUUUCCCUUCCGCUUUCAGCAGCACCCACCAGUGACCUGCUGAUGAAGCUGAGCUCACUCCCUCGCUGUGCCUCCCUCCUGCUGCCCUAUCCCCAUCCAGUCCUCAGCAAGGAUUAGGGAAAACAGAGAGUGCACAAGGAAGGUUUUCUACACGAGGCUCUGUUAAUGACUCGAUUCCCUGCAGUGACUCCUGGCACUAUUAGCACAACUAUUUCAAAACUAAACUGCAUAUAAUAAAUGAACAGAACCUAUUUUAGAGAACUCUAGAGAUUUUUAGAAAAACUGUCAAACUUCUUUUGCUUGUAGCCUCUUCCCUUCUUUCUUCUUUUUCAUAGCAAAAUGGGAAGAAAAAGGGACAAAGGCAACAGGAAGUUUAAAAUGCAUAUUAAGAAUAUCCAAGAUUUUUCAGUAUGGUAAUUUUAAAAUUAAAUUGGUUUAGAACAAUUAGGAGAAAAACCAUAAGAAAUAAAUCAAUUUUUUUUAAUUAUUUUUUGAAUCAGCUCAAGAACUGUGCUUAUUCCCACUCCCAGAGAGCAGGUUUAGUUAUGAAUUUAGGAACAUUAUGCCUUUGACCAACGUGAACUGCAUGCUGAGCUCCCCAGUCCAAGCUGAGAUGUCCUUAGCAAGGUGAUGUCACCUCAACUCACACGCACAUGAAACGUUCUCUUUCCGCCCACCAAAUAACCCUGUUGUGGUGUUCUCUCCAUGGCAUCACUGUAAAAUACACAUGUUUAAACAAAUAAAUCAAUAAAUGGGUUUGCUGAA